AUGAGUGCUUAAAAUUAUUAACCUUAAGAAUUAGAACUAAAAGAUCUCACUUAAAUUAACAAUGAAAAUAAUCAGAAUUAAUUUGCUCCUUAUGUUAAUAUGUAGAUGUAUUCUCAAUAACAAUAAAGUAUUCAAAACUAUAAUAAUUAUGCAUAAUUUAAAGAAGAAUAAGAUCAAAAUACAGAAUCUAAUUUUCAGAAUUUUAAACAAUAUAUUUCAAAUAUUCAAUCUAAUUUCUCUGAAGAAUCAGUUGGAUGCCAAUUUUUCACUAUUUGCAAUAGUAUUAUAUGUUUUAUAAUAUUAUGUGUUAUCAUAAAAUCCCUUUGA